AAUCAGGUUUGUCAACUUUGCCCUUUAGCCCUCGAUUGGAGUGACCUGUGAUUACUAUUGUCCGCCAUUUUGAAAUGUACGAGGGAUGUCAUUUCUCUCCAAUCUGAGGUGAUUUCCAUCUUACUUCGACUCUAAACCUUCUCUGGGCGGUUUUGAAAGACAGAAAAUUAUGGACCGGAGAAGCAGUGAGAUUCCUGUGGACGAGCUGCCAACAGUGCACCCCGGGAACCAGACAAGCAGCAGCGAGGACCCGGCAACAGACACGGGAGGACAGCAGGACAAAGCAGAGGACAUUCUAUCGGAAGAAACCCACAGGGUAAACUCUGUCCAUCCUCCCCUACAGAGCCAAACAGAGCAGACGGACGGGCCUGUGGUACAACGUACUAUACACAAACCCUACAAAUGUGACCAGUGUGAGUUUUCUGCUUUAUGGAAAGCCCGUCUGAAAGAACACAUGAUGAAACACACCGGAGAAAAGCCCUACAUGUGUAGGGACUGCGGGUACAGAUCAGCCUACAAGUCUCGCCUAACUGUUCAUAUGAGAAAACAUACAGGUGAGAAACCCUUCAACUUCAAGUGUGACCAGAGAAGCUGUGAGAUUCCUGUGGACGAACUGCCAACUGUACAUCCUGGGAACGAGACAAGCAGCAGUGAUGACCUGGCAACAGACACGGGAGGACAGCAGGACAAAGAAGAGGACAUUAUAUUGUGUCCUGUGUGA